AUGUCUCUUCUGGGUGGCAAGAUGCAUGGCAUCUUUGCAGCCGCAUCGGAAUUUUCCCACAUCGCACCGAGCAGCAACGAGUCGAGGCACACGACGGUCGUUUUGACAGAUGAAGAAGACGAGGCAGAUGGAUCACGUUGCUGGUCUGGCUUGUUGUGGCUGUCCCGUCCCGCCCACAAGGUUCGCGCCAGCCAGCGCCAUGCUCCAGGCAACCACUUUUCACCCUGGCACAGAGGCAUAUCCAACGUUGGGCCAGGGCUGCGUGCACCGUGCAAAGACCACCACAGGCCCGUCGAAGCGACUCUGACGAAGGGUUAUGGCCCGGUAUCGCAGUGA